AUGGCCUCUUUAACCUCCGACCUGUUGAACUACAUUGUUUUCCGGUACCUCCAGGAAUCAGGAUUCUUACAUUCAGCAUUUUCUUUUGGACACGAGGCUAGGAUCAAUAAGAGCACAGUGGAUGGAAAUCGAAUUCCUUUUAAUGCUCUUGUUAAAGUUGUGCAAAAGGGUAUUCAAUAUCUUGAAUUGGAAACCAAUUUGAGCAAUGAUGAUACCGAUAUGGAUGAAGACUUCAGGUUUCUGGAACCUUUGGAUCUCAUAACAAAAAAUGUAUCUGAGUUGCAACAAAUGAUUAAAGAGAAAAAGGAAAAGGUUCAGAAAGAUAAGUCAAAUGCUGACAAUGAGCUCGACCAUGAACGAGAACCUGCAAGAGACAGGGAGAAGGAGAAAAAUGGAAAUGCCGGAGAUUUGGAGCCUAUGGAUAUCUGCACAGACUCAACCUCUUUGCCGUGUGAAAUUUCUAGCUGUGAUGUAAUGGCUUUGGAAGGGCAUACAUCUGAGGUUUUUAUCUGUGCUUGGAGUCCGGAAGGGUCACUUCUUGCAUCUGGGUCUGGAGACUCUACUGCUAGAAUUUGGACUAUUGGCGAUGGUCCAGGUAACUCUACUAUCCAGAGGAUGCCUCCAAAUGUUAAGGUUUUGAAGCAUUUGGAAAGUAGAGCAACUGAGGAAAACAACGAUGUUACAACACUUGAUUGGAAUAGCAAGGGUACCCUGCUUGCGACAGGUUCUUACGAUGGCCACGCCAGAAUCUGGAACCGAUCUGGCUUAUUGCUUAAAACUCUUACCAAACAUGAAGGGACAAUCUUCUCUUUGAAAUGGAACAAGAAAGGUGAUUAUCUCCUCAGCGGUAGUACUGAUAGAACUGCCGUUGUUUGGAAUGUGAAGUCUGGAGAAUCGAAGCAGCAAUUUAAUUUUAAUUCAGGUAUGCUUGAUGUUGAUUGGCUUGACAACAGUUCUUUUGCGGUCGGCUCCACUGAUAACAAGAUUUAUGUUUGUAAAGUUGGGGAGAAUCAACCAGUCAAAAGAUUCUCAGGACAUAAGAAUGAGAUCAAUGCUAUCAAGUGGGACCCCUCAGGUUCCUUGCUGGCUUCAUGCUCUGAAGAUACCACAGUUAAGAUAUGGAGCAUGAAAAAGGAUGUCUGCUUGCAUGAUUUCAGAGAACACAGCAAAGAGAUAAAUACCAUCAAAUGGAGUCCAACUGGCGCUGGUACAAGCAAUCCGAAUAAAAAGUUGUUGCUAGCAAGUGCUUCGUUUGACUCAACCGUGAAGCUAUGGGAUGUUGAACAAGGGCGUCUUUUUCACAGCUUGAACGGUCACAGGGAAGUUGUUUACUCUGUUGCAUUCAGUCCGAACGGUGACUACUUGGCAAGUGGGUCAUUGGAUAACUGCAUGCAUAUAUGGUCAGUGAAGGACGCCAAAAUUGUAAAAACUUACAAAGGAGAUGGCGGUAUUUAUAAUGUGUGCUGGAACAAGGAAGGCAACAAGGUUGCUGCCUGUUUUUCAAACAAGGUUUUUGUUUUCGAUAUUCGAUCGUAG